GACAGAACGCGAGAGAGACCGGUACCGCUGCUGAGCAGGGGACAAGCUGCUGUCUGUCGAUGUUCCCCAGAACAUAUUUAGAAAGAGAAGAGAAGCCAAGGUACAUCACAGGGGCGGGCACUCAAUAAGAAACACUAAAAGCGAGGUUUGCGAAAGAAAGGAAAAGGAACACUUUAUACCGGCAAACAGUGCCUGCUGUACACACGUACACACACACACCCCUUCAUGUUGUGGGAUUAAUAAGAGUAAAGAGAGACACCUCUGCGUAAAGUUGAUGAACUGAUCCGCCCGUUUCACUGUAAACAUUAUUACUGUGUUUUUUGGAGGAUCGCUCAGGAUCAGCGUGGAUUUUAGAAGCCAUCACACUGCCUUUGUCUGCGGAUGAGCGACGCUGGUCGGAUGGGAAGGUUUCCAGAGGAGCGCCGCUGGGAGACACUGGAACGGUCCCUGUGAACGUGCCACAUGCGUGUGGAAGAUAUGGAUAGGCUUUUGCUGUAGCCAAGAUUUGCCGCGGUUUUUAUUCAUUCAAGUUUUUUGACUGUUGGGUUUUGUUUUGUUAACAUAUUCAGAUUUUUUUUUUACUCUUAAACGACCGUCGAGAUUUUAAGGCUCAUCGUGCGGAAUUACAACCAUGAACUUUGUUGUCAGUUUGGUACACAUCCUUUUGGCAGCGCUUCUUCACCUAUCCACUAUAAAGACUGCCAGCAUUAACAAGGGAGUGGAGAAGAGUAAAAAUGAGGUUAUCCUUUUCACAGAAGUCAUCACAAAGAGUAUGUGUCAGCCCAGGGAGAUGCUGGUGGACAUCUUCCAUGAGUAUCCCGAAGACACAGAACAUACCUACAUCCCUUCCUGCGUGGUCCUCAACCGCUGUGGAGGAUGCUGCAAUGACGAAGCCAUGGAGUGUGUACCCACGGAAACCCGCAACGUCACAUUGCAGGUAAUGCGGUUUAGACAAAUGGUAACGCAACAUACGAUUUACUUAAGUUUCACAGAGCAUCAAAAGUGUGAUUGCAGACUAAAGCCAGAUGUUCAAGUAAAGAAAGAAUACCACUGUGCGCCUUGCUCAGAGAGAAGAAAGCGCUUGUUUGUGCAGGACCCUCUCACCUGUAAAUGUUCCUGCAAAUUCACACAAUUAGACUGCAAGUCCAGGCAACUUGAGUUAAACGAAAGAACUUGCAGAUGUGAUAAACCGAGGAGAUGAGACCAACAACACUGUUAUGAAGGAAUUUUUUUCUUGGCACAGCACUUUGAAACCUGAGGAUGCAUUCCGUGCAAGGACACGAAACGACAACGCAAGACAGGACAUUCUUGGCUCAGAUCUUGCCACUGUCUGUUUUCUGCCUAAAGUUAUUAAUAUUUGUACAUAUACUAUAGGUACAUUGACAAUGUGUAUUGCUGCUACAUAAAAAAACACUACUUAAAGCGAAACGAAUGCGCCACUGGCGUGUGAAUGGGAAAAGCUUCAUUGGCGUUCUACUCUUGGGCUGAACUUGGUAAAGAAAUCUGUUAUUUUUAUGUAACACUUCACUGGAUGCUGGUCUGCUGUGGAUAUGAAUAUCUUAAAUAUUUCUUAGUAAAAAACAAACUGGUGACUAUAAUUUAAACGAGCGGUGCAGCAGAAGCCAAACUCACCUCCGAACUCUGACAGAGGAGACAAAGAGGGGACGGAAUGGAGAAUGAGGAGGCGGAGGUGGAGGAACGCCUGUUGUACUGGAACUGAACGGCAGGUCCAAGGACUGUUUCCCUCUGUGACAUUAUGUGAAGUUUUGUCUCCAUUGUAUGGACUGACGACACCUGGUGUGAGAACACACCUGAAAAAUCUCUGAGUUUCCUGAAGUGACUGUGGAUGCAAGUUUUGUGGCGUGAUGAUGGAUAAUGUGAAAAUAACCUUUCCUCAUAGAAGGGUUACAUGACGAUGGCAAGAACUAAACUAAAGUUUAGCUAACUAAGUAAAGCAAGUAAAACAAUUUCAGUUAAUGUUAAAAUUGAAUGAGGGUUAGGACUAUUCCUAAGUGUGGGGUCUAAGGGCAGGACAAGAGUUGAGACGUUUCCACCAGGGUUAUAGCUUAGAAACAACUAUCUGUGUCUGGUCUUCCCUCCUUUAUGUAACCUGUCCUUGGUG